AUGCGUGAACGAAGUCGCAGCCGAGAUCGCGAUCGCCGACGGAAAUCUCGUUCACGUUCAGCAGGACGAAUGCGUGGGAUUGACCGAGAUCGCGAACGUGAUAUCGACCGAUUAAGGCGAAGGAGUCGAGAACGACGUCGUUCGCGAAGUCCUUUGGAGAGAAAUCGUAGUCGGAGUAAAAGUCGUGAACGACGAUUUCGUGAAGAUAGAGAUAAAAGGGAUCGCGAUGGGCGAAAACAUGAAAAGAAACCCCGGAAAGAUAAACAGAAGAAUGAAGCUAUCGAAUCUGAAUCUUUAAAAGGCGUAGAUAAAGAAAUGAUGAAAAUUAUGGGGUUUGCGGGUUUCAAUACUACUAAAAAUAAAAAAGUGAUUGGUAACUCAGAGGGUGCUGUUUUGAUCAAUAAACCACGCAGAUAUCGUCAGUACAUGAAUAGAAAAGGUGGAUUUAAUAGGCCUCUUGAUUAUGUCGCUUAA